GGCCAGCGCGGAGUCGCUCGGGCGAAGGCUGAGCAGGGGUUGUGGGACGGCCAUGGCACCGCUGAGGGACUGCAAGGCCUGGCAGGAUGCUGGACUUGGCCUGUCCACUGCUAGCAACGAAGCCUGUAAGCUAUUUGAUGCUGUGCUAAGCCAGUAUGCGACAUGGCGCAACGAUGAGAACUUAGGAGGUAUUGAAGGGUGUCUUUCCAAGUUAAAGGCUGCAGAUCCAAAUUUUGUAAUGGGACAUGUCAUUGCUAAUGGAUUGGAGCUUAUUGGCACUGGAAGCUCAGUGCGGCUCAACAAGGAUCUGGGCAGUGCACUGAAAACAAUGACAACGCUGUCAAGAUCUCAGCCUCUGACUGAGCGGGAGAAGCUUCAUGUGUUGGCAUUGGACAUGUUUGCCAGGGGACAGCUUCCAAAAGCUUGUGAUGUAUGGGAACAGAUUCUGCAGAGCCAUCCGACUGACUUGCUAGCCCUCAGGUUUUCCCAUGACACUUAUUUCUACUUGGGAUAUCAGAUACAAAUGCGAGAUUCUGUUGCUCAGGUUUUUCCUUUCUGGACACCUGAAGUUCCUCUGAGCAGCUACGUGAAAGGCUUCUACUCUUUUGGACUCAUGGAGACAAACUUUUUUGAUCGUGCUGAGGAGCUUGCCCGUGAGGCUUUGGAUAUAAAUCGGACUGAUGCAUGGUCUGUUCAUACUAUAGCUCACGUAAAUGAAAUGAAAGCAGAGGUGGAGAAAGGGUUAGCAUUCAUGAAGGAAACAGAAGACAACUGGAAGGAUAGUGAUAUGCUUGCUUGCCAUAAUUACUGGCACUGGGCUUUAUACUAUGUAGAAAAGGGGGAAUAUGAGGCUGCUUUGACGAUUUAUGACAAUCAUAUUGCUCCCAGGCUCUUGUCAAGUGGAAGCAUGCUGGAUUUAGUAGAUAAUUCUUCAAUGCUGUACAGGCUUCAUCUGGAAGGUGUGAAGCUUGGAGACAGGUGGGACAAUGUCCUCAAGCAUGCAAAGAAGCACACCAAAGAUCACGUUCUUCUUUUCAAUGAUGCACACGUGUUGAUGUCCUCACUUGGAGCCAAAGAUCAGAAAACUACUGAUGAGCUUUUAACAACUCUUCAAGAACUUGCCAAGGAUCCUGGCGAAGACCACGAGCUUUCUCUGGCUCCUAGUGUGGGGUUGCCAUUAUGCCAGGCUUUGGUGGAGUUUGAAAAUGGAAACUGUGACAAAGCUGUAGAUCUGCUGUACCCGAUCCGUUACCAACUAAUCCACCUUGGAGGCAGCAAUGCUCAGAGAGAUAUUUUCAGCCAGCUAUUGAUUCAUGCUGCUUUAAAUUGUAAAUCCCAAGCCAAACAAAACCUCGCUAAGUGCCUCCUGAGAGAACGUGAUGUGAUGAGACCAAAUUCACCAAUGACGGAGCGACUUAUAAGGAGAGCAGCAGCUGUUCAUUCAGUGGCUUAAGUCUGUCCUCAGUGCUAGCAAUAAGCUUACCAAUCUAUGUAUGGGUGCUGGGAGCAGAGGGAUCCCUAGGAGCUAGAGAAUCUCUAGGAGCAAGAGAUCCGAUGACAGCUUACUUGGAAGAUGCAACUUGAAAUGCAACAGCUUUAAAUCUUGGAUGAUUCCACAAAGAAAUGAGAAGAUUACCUGCUUGUAAUGCACAGUUCUCUGAAUCUUCCUGGGACACUGCUUUUCUAGUAUAUUUUCUUUGAAGUUCCCUCUGACCAUGCCAAUAUUAGGUACAGUAGCAGUGCCUGGCUUUCAGUCAUUCAUUGUCCCAGUUUGUUACUUCAUUAAUAUGUUAAAUAAUCAGUAAACUUUUCAGAUACUUCAAGUGGACCUUCUCAGCGUAAGAAUAGGAAAGUAUGGGGCCAGAGCCAGUGUCAAGCUCCCAGUCCAUUAAGGCUUGACUUACCCUGGCAUUUCAGAUCUGUGUUCCUUCAGAAUCUUUUUCCAGGUUGUAAGAAGCUGGAACAAUUCUUUGCUCAAAGCGUGUUUAGCGGCACCCAUCUGAGACAUAAUCUGCUUGACAAGCUUUUGGGAUUAAUGGUUUCCAUGAGCACAGCGGUAAGAGAAACAUACGUGGCUGGGAGACGAGGAGAAACCUUUUCAGCUGUUGCUUCUUCUGGGCAUUCAAGCUGAUUUACGUGGGUCAUCUUGGAGGAGAGGACCACCAUGCAGUCAAUGUUUAUACCUAGCAGCCCACUGUGCGACAAUGGCGUGAUCAAUGCCAAGUGAUCGACCCGACAGGAAGGGCAUGUACUAUGGACAUGCUGUUGCAACUACUGGUGCCCCCAGUGAACAAAACAGAAGUGACCUUGGCAACCCGGUGCUGCCCCUGGCAACCCAAAAGACACUAGGGAGAGGAUUAAAACCCAAAGAGUUCUGAGGAAGAAUGUGUACCCCAUCUGCUGAACUGCAGCCAUGCUGGUCAAUGAGACAUUGUUGACUGACUUGCUGGGUCCCUGGUGGUUACUAUCCCUGCUCUAUCGUCUGCUAGGAUUUCUGUCUUUACUGUCACUAACCUGUGGGCUGCAGCGUGGAGCUAACCAAGUAGCAGUGUUGAUGGGGUAUACUUAGAAAUUCUAUAUGUCUUUUGUUUGUGUCUUAAGAGUUCGUAAAAGUACGGGAUAUAGCUACAAAUGGCACUUAAUCAUGCUGUGAUGUUUGUUACAGAUUGAAAUGCACAUCUCCUUUUUAGACAUACAUACAUGUAAGCAGGGUUAAUAAGACAUUUAUCAAGGAAGGCAGCCUGAAUGAGUCCACGCAUCUUCACAGAAGCUUCCCAGGCUAGCUACCCCCUUAUCUUAACUGAAGCCUCAGUUUUUCUUCCUGCUUUGACAGCUUCAAGAUCUCAUAGCCUGGGUUGUGCACAUAGCACUUGAGCUCACAAAUCCCUACACAUUUACUUAGAGGUAAGAAAAUUAUGACAAUAAAUGAGUUGGUGGGAGAAGAAGACUUAGUGCAAAAUUAUUAUGUUAUGUAGAUAACAAGAGACUUUUUGGAGACAGCGUGGCUCAUGUGUUAGCUGGUCGGUAAACAGAAAAAAAACAGAACAGGUAAAAAGUGUUCUUUUCAGCAGACACUGAGAACUGUAACACUGCAAAAGACUCAGUGGCCCCCUCUCUCUUUAUUCUCACCUAAAGGGAAUAAUAAAAUAAAUAAAUAAGUCCCCAGCCAUCACAGGGUUCAUACUCUUCAUGGCUUUUUUGGUUCGGUGAUGUUUUUUGGCAGUAAAAGCUCUGUGUCAGCAAAAGAAAAACAGGCAGUGCAAAGGUAAUGUACAAGCUAGAAAAUUUAGCAACUCAGCAAGCCCAGGCAGAAAACUCCCAUGUCAAAUUGGGUUAAUAACUGCAUGAUCUGCCAAUUAGAACUGUCCACUGUUCCUGAUUGUACAAGCAUGCCUUAUUUGUAGAGAUGUACAUCCUUACUCUACUUGAAGCAACAUACAAAGUAAUGCUUUUGUUGUAACACCUACUCUGUCUAGCAAGGCUCUCCAGUUUUUUGGAAAAUAAAGUCAUGAGGAAAAAAAUGACAUAGAA